GGUCCCUAUAUAUAUAAUUUGCCCUGUGUCAUCGGCAGCCAGCUGCCCAGGACUGCUGUCAAAGGAAGGAUGUGGCCUUGAAAGAGCAUCACAGCAGGGAAGGUUUUCUGCUACCCAGCCGAGGCUCGCUGUUGCUGGAUCCGCCUGGGAACAAUUUCCCCUCUUCAAAGAACACCUUGGUGGGCUUUUUUUUUGUGUGUGUGUGUGUUUUGCGUUGGCUGCUGAAGCUGAGCGAUGCGGAGCAGAUCGGGGACAGGAGUCGAGGCUUGCAAUGAGAAGCAGAAGAAACCAGGGAUCAAAAUGGAUAGCCAGGAUGAACCCAAAUCCCAACAAGAUUUCACCUGGAUCGUGAAGGCCAAUGACAGGGCAUACCACAAGCAGUUUCACACGACCCACGCCUGGUGCCUGAAGAGGAAGAAAUACGCGGACAACGGCAUCAAGACGGCCAAGUACAACGUCCUCACUUUCCUCCCGCUCAACCUGUACGAACAGCUUCACCGACUGGUUAAUUUAUACUUCAUCUUCAUCAUCAUCCUACAGACUGUCCCCCAGAUCUCCACGCUCCCCUGGUUUGCCCUCCUCUUCCCCCUCGCGCUCCUGCUUUCCAUCAGAGGUGUCCGGGACCUGAUUGAUGACAUUGGCCGGCAUCAUAGCGACUGGGAGAUCAACAGCCGCCCCUGUGAGAUCUUGAUGGGGAAAAGUUUCAUCCAGAAGAAAUGGCGGGAUAUCUGCGUGGGUGACAUCGUCUGCCUCCGCAAGGAUAGCAUUGUGCCUGCGGACCUCCUCUUGCUCUCUAGCACAGAACCAAACAGCCUCUGCUACGUGGAGACGAUGGACAUUGACGGAGAGACCAACUUGAAGUACCGGCAAGCUCUCUUGGUGACGCACGAGCAGUUGACGAACGAUGGGAGCAUGGCUGCUUUUGACGGGGUAAUCACUUGCGAGGAGCCGAACAGCCGGAUGCACAGUUUCGUAGGGACGUUGGAUUGGCGGGGAGAUAAAUAUUCCCUCGACAGUGAGAAAGUCUUGCUGCGCGGCUGCAAGGUGCGCAACACAGAGGUCUGCUAUGGUCUCGUCAUCUAUGCAGGCUUCGAUUCCAAAAUCAUGAAGAACUGUGGGAAAAUCAAGCUGAAGAAAACAAAACUCAGCUAUAUGAUGGAUCGCUUGGUGCUACUGAUAACCACCUCACUCAUCCUCAUCUCCUUCGGCCUGGCGGUUGGCUCCGGAGUCUGUGCCGAGAAGUUCCGGGAACAGCAUGGCUACCUCUUUGCUUUCUACAGCACCACGAGCUCCAUCCAAUAUGCCUUCUUUGCCUUCUGGGGCUUCCUCAUUCUCCUCAGCCUCGUCAUCCCCAUGUCUAUGCUCAUCACGUUCGAAUUCAUAUACCUGGUCAACAGUUGUUUCAUCAACUGGGAUAGGGAGAUGUACUGCGCCCCGAAGGACAUGCCAGCCAAAGCCCGGAGCACCAGUCUGAAUGACCAGCUGGGGCAGAUAGAAUAUGUCUUCUCGGAUAAGACGGGGACUUUGACCCAGAACAUCAUGACCUUCAAGAAAUGUUGCAUCAAUGGCGUGAUAUACGGUUCGCAGAGCAGCACCCAAGACAAGUCAAUGGAAACUGAUUUGAAGUGGAACAAGUAUUUGGAUAGUAAGCUGGAGUUUUACGACCAGGAGCUCCUGGCAAACAUCCGACGAAACGACGACCCCAUGGUGAAGGAAUUCAUGCGGCUCCUUGCAAUCUGCCACACCGUCAUGGUCGAGGAGAAACAGAAUCAGCUGGUCUACCAAGCAGCUUCGCCGGACGAGGAAGCCCUGGUGACCGCGGCCAGGAACCUGGGCUACGUCUUCCUCUCUCGAACGCAGGACACGGUCACCAUCAGCGAGCUUGGGGUGGAGAGAACCUACAAAGUGUUGGCCCUUCUGGACUUCAACAGCGUCCGCAAACGGAUGUCCAUCGUGGUGCGGGACCCUGAAGGCCGUAUCAAGCUUUACACCAAAGGGGCGGACACUGUGAUCCUGGAGAGACUCCACAAAGACCGUGCGACUGAAGGAUGCACCGUCAAGGCUCUGGAUACUUUUGCCGCCGAGACCCUGAGGACUCUGUGCGUGGCGAUGAAAGAUGUGGACGAGAGCGAGUAUUCCCUGUGGAGUAAGAAACAUCAUGCUGCCAGCAUCUUGCUGCAGGAUCGUGCCCAAGAACUGGACAAGGUUUACGAGGAGAUUGAGAAGGAUCUCAGGCUCCUGGGGGCCACAGCUAUCGAGGACAAACUGCAAGACGGGGUUCCCGAAACCAUCCAGCUUCUCAAAAGGGGAGACAUCAAAGUGUGGGUGUUGACGGGAGACAAGCAAGAGACUGCCGUCAAUAUUGGCUUUGCCUGUCGACUUCUCUCGGACGAUAUGACUAUUCUGGAGGAGAGCGAAAUCAGUGAGAUCCUGGAGCCAGGCUGGUAUAGCAACAGCAGCCUAGCUAGCAGUGGAGAAAGCCUCUGCAAAGAAAAAUCUUUCUUCUCCUUCCCGGCCUCCUUGAUGCACGGCAAAAAAGCAUUGGUGGUCACCGGAGACUUCCUGGAUAAAAUCUUCCACACGGAGGGAUCGACCAAGGGGGAGCAGAAGCUGAGCUGGAAAGAGCGCUUUGGCUACCGCCGCAACAGAACCGAGAAGGACCAGGAAAAUGCAAUGGAAAAAGCCUUUGUGGAAUUGGCCACCGCCUGCCAGGCCGUGAUCUGCUGCAGAGUGACUCCCAAGCAGAAAGCCCUCGUCGUUCAGAUGGUCAAGCGACACAACAAAGCCAUCUCAUUGGCCAUUGGAGAUGGGGCCAAUGAUGUCAACAUGAUUAAAACUGCCGACAUCGGGGUCGGGAUCAGCGGGCAGGAAGGGAUGCAGGCUGUUCAGUGCAGCGAUUAUGCCCUGGCUCAAUUCCGCUACCUGGACCGACUCCUCUUUGUCCACGGCCGGUGGUCCUACCUCCGAAUCUGCAAGUUCCUCCGCUACUUCUUCUACAAGACCUUUGCCGGCAUGAUGGUGCAGAUCUGGUUUGCUUUCUACACGGGCUUCACAGCCCAGCCGCUGCUGGAGGGCUGGUUCCUUGCCCUCUACAAUGUCUUCUACACUUCGUACCCGGUGUUGUGCAUGGGCUUGUUUGAACAGGACGUGAGUGCCAAGAAAAGUUUGCAAUUUCCCGAGCUCUACAAGGCGGGUCAGAAAGACCGUUUCUUCAAUUUCCGAAUCUUCUGCCUCUGCUUCAUUCAUGGCUCCUUCGUCUCCUUGGCUAACUUCUUCAUCACUCUGUGGGCCAUGGGAGACCAUUCUGGCACCCAUGUUGUUGGCGACUACCAGUCCUUUGCCAUGGUAAUAGCAACCUCCGCAAUAUUCACCGUCAUUGCCGAGAGCAUGAUGGAAGUCAAAUUCUGGACCGUCCUGUACGUGCUGGCUAUUGUCAUCAGCAUCGCUUUCUACUGCCUUUUCUCCUAUGCCACUCAAAGCUUUCAAGCCUUCGAGACGGCCCCUGUCGCUUUCCAGUUUCCCGCUGCCACCAAGAAUGCGCUGACAGACCCACUGUCACUCUUUGUGGUCCUGCUCUGCGUUGUGGUGAACACGAUACCCUCCCUCACGGUGCGCUUUGUGCGGAGUUUUGCGGGCCCCACAACCAUGUCGGAGGUUCUGCAAGCCCGGGACAUGCAGGAGAAGCAAAGGGCAGUGGAACUGACCUCUCACAUCCGAAGGAAUUCGCACCUGAGACGUUCCGGCUAUGCCUUCUCCCACAAGGAAGGUUACGCGGACCUCAUCUCCCAAGGAGCUAGUCUGCGGGGCAAGGGCCCCCGUGUCCGCAGCCAACUGAACGGCUUUGGCGGCAGCCCCAAAGACAGCCUGUCUGCAGAUGGUGCCUUUGCGGAAAAGAAGACCCAUCUCUGUUGACCAGGAUGAGACCUCUGUUGACCUUGGUGUGUGUGUGUGUGUGUGUGUGUGUGUGUGUGUGUACUAGUAGCAAAGCCAUAGGGACCAGUGUCGGAUCAUCUUCAUCCCUUGGCAUCUGAAGAGGGCUCCCGAGAAACUGAAGCACAGUCCGCAGGAGACCGCAGCUCUGAGUUCGAAUCGCGGCGCGCCAGACGUUUCCUUGCUCGGAAAUCGCCGCUGUUUUCACACGGGCGCCUGCAGACAUUGAACGAUGACUCUGUUGUCCUCUCGCACCGUAAUUGUGGUGUGAAAUAAGACAUCGACGUUGCAAAUACCCAUUCGGGAAGUUCUGGGUGGUGUGAUCUGAAACUUUAUUCCCCACAGAAAGCAUUCCAAUCGCCUGAUUCAUAUGGUUGUUGUUGUUGUUUUAAUUCAGAGGCACUGAAUUCAGAGCUGCCGGCAGAAAGAAGAAAUGGCUUUUCCGAUUCACCUCUGAGCACAGGAGUCAACUUCUAGGGGCCAAGGGAUCUUUGCACCCCUCAAAAAAAAAUUGAGGAGGCUGGACCCUGCAACGUUGAUGUGCAUUGCCAAAUGGUGUGUGUCCAAAGAAUCAAAGUAUUCUACAGUUGGAAGGGACCCCCAAAGGGCAUCUAGGCCAACCCCUUGCAAAUGCAGGGACCACAGGAAUUAUUUUUGUGCCAAAAUGCCUCUUAAGAACACGAGAGUGCCUCUCGAGACCGGCAUCCUGUUUUCGACAAUUACCAUCUCCAAGUGUCAUUCAUAACCCAAUAAGAGCCCUGACGGAUGCGACCCGAGUUCUGUCUAAUCCAGCAUUCAGCUACAAACUGUCGGGUGUCUGGGAGAAUCUCACAGACUGCAAAGGCCUCUAGCCUCCCCAAGUUGCUGGACCUCAGCAUCUGUUGCUCGGAGGUAGACUGCCCCUAUAUCUGGGUGUUCUAUGUCCGGCAGUUUUCAAUAUGUGCCUGGCUGUGCUUGAAGGUAUUUUAAAGCACCGCAUCAUAAUUUUCCAGGGGCUCUUUUCUGCCGUAACAUUAGUUUUCAAUCACAUUUUUUUGCUCGAGUUCCUUGCUGCAAGAAAAAUGGGAGGUGCCUUUUUUAAAGAAAGAAAGAACAUUUAAUUUUUGUGAAGGAACACCACCUCCAGCAGUAACCCGCUUGACAAAGCUCCAUGAAGGUGUUUUUUAAAAAAAAUAAAAUAAAAAUUCUUAUUAUUAUUCUCUUAAAUAGAAAAAAAAAUCAGGUUGCAUUGCUGCUGCAUUACUGGCAAGAGCCCCUAGAGGGCACCCAAGCGACACAGCUGGUGUUGGCUGUUGCACAUAAGACUGCCCUCUGCUGGACAGAUGCAGUACUGAUACAGAGCGAAAUCUCCCAAGACUGUAGCAGUUUAGCUGAUUGGUUAUUAUGGGAUGGAGGGGGAAGCCUCACAGCAGAAUCUCUGAUGCACAAGGGCUUCAACUCCAAACAGAGGUUCUGUCCAGAGGCAUCCGCCCCCCCCCCUUUUGCACUCUCCAGCACUUUGAAAUAAAACUGAUUUUGGGAAAGAAAAACAAAAAAAAAUUCUGACUGGUCCUCUGUUCUUUGGGCUGUGCGCCACAGAUCUGUCGUCCGCAGGAAGUGUGUUCUGGGGGUUCCUGGGCAGUGAGCAGGAUUCCUCCUCUGGCAGUGUUCGAAAGGGCAGACCAGACCAAUGUGUUAGAUAUAACCUUCAUAUCGCGAAUCUUCGGCUAGAGGAGAGGGGGGCAGCUGCCAUUGGUGGCUGGAGCUCAUUGGACACGGAUGGGGUAGGAGGCAGGGAGCCGGACAGCAGGUGGCGCUAGAGGCAAUGAAAAUUUUGAGCCAAGGGCUGCGAGCUUUGUCCGCAUCCUCCUCCUCCCUCCUGUUGAGGUCUGCAAAGGCAAAACUUAGACUAAGGAGGAAGGGUGUGUCAGGGCCAACCCUGGACUGCUUGCCAGUAGGGAAGAAGGCAGGCAGCUGCUGGGGGCGGGGCCCAGUUUGCCCUUAUAGAUCGGCCCCCUUUGCUCCCUCGCCUGGCUAGAAGCUAAUAAACUUUCACUGGGAAAUCAGCAGGCGAGAGUGUAUGGGUUGGUCCUUAGUCUUAUAGCUUUACCUUAGUCCUACUCAGAGUAGACCUGUUGAAAUCAAAGAGCGCGUCUAAGAACCUUGUUUUCUUAAUAAGGGCAAUGGCGCCCAUCUGGGAGGUGCCAGAACUGCUGUUUUAGGGGUUGUUUUUAAAAGUCUGGAACGGAUUAAUCCAUUUUGCAUUACUUUCUAUGGGAAAGCGCACCUCGAUUUUGGAAUGCUUUGGUUUUGGAACAGACUUCCAGAAUGGAUUAAGUUUGAGAACCAAGGUACCACUGUA